CCCUGCUCGGAACCACAGUCGCCGGAGAAUGAGCAGGCGAAAUGCUCUCUCUCAUCUACGACUUCUCCGUUCAUUCUGCCGGAAAGCGACGCCGCCGCCCCUCUUGGAUGCGUUUAAGUCUUCCUCCCGUGGUGACGAUGACCAUACUAGACUCCCUGGACUGGUCGCGGACGAGGAUCAAAGUGAGUCUCAUUCGUUUUCACCCCAAGAGUUCGCUUUUUUAAAGGACUCCUUGCAGGGUAAGUCUACUUCUGAUAGUGUUGAAGAUGUUGCCAUUUCAAUUAUAAGUGUUCUUAGGGAGAAUGGCGGGUUGGGGGAUAAAAGUCUUAGGCAGUUUAGGGAGAAGCUGAACCCGGAUUUGGUGGUUAGGGUUUUGAGAGAGAUUCGGAAUGCUGAAUUGGGUGUGAAGUUUUUCAUGUGGGCCGGUAGGCAGAUUGGGUAUAGUCAUAAUGUGGCUGUUUAUGAUGCUUUAGUUGAUCUUGUUGUUGUAAGUAGACCCAGUAGCGAAAUGAAUGCGGCUGUGCCUGAGCAUUUUCUCCAUGAUAUUAUGGAUGAUGAUAAGGAGGUGUUGGGGAAAUUGCUUAAUGUUUUGGUCCUAAAGUGCUGCCGGAACGGUUUGUGGAAUUUGGCGUUGGAAGAGCUAGGGAGGCUCAAGAAUUUUGGGUACAAGCCCUCCAGAGUCACAUACAAUGCCUUAAUCCAGGUUUUUCUGCAAGCGGGGAAGUUGGAUAGUGCGACUUUGAUUUACAGGGAGAUGUCGGGGUUGGGGUUUAAGAUGGAUGUGCAUACACUGAAUUGCUUUACGCGUUCGUUGUGCAAGGGUGGGAAAAGGAGAGAAGCCCUUGAUUUGAUUGAGAAGGAAGGCUUGGUGGCUGAUACUGUGACGUAUACUUCCAUGAUUUCUGGGCUGUGUGAAGGUUCCUUUUUUGAGGAGGCUAUGGAUUUUUUGAAUAGAAUGCGAUCUAGUUCAUGCGUCCCUAAUAGAAUAACGUAUGAGACUUUACUUUGUGCGUGUUUGAACCAAAGAAAACUGGGUAGGUGUAAGAGAAUUCUUAAUAUGAUGAUUCUAGAAGGUUGCUGUCCAAGCCGCAAGAUAUUUAAUUCUCUUGUUCAUGCUUAUUGCAGAUCUAUGGAUUAUUCAUAUGCCUAUAAAUUACUCAAGAAAAUGGACCAUUGUGGAUGCCAACCUGGUUAUGUGGUGUAUAAUAUAUUGAUAGGAGGUAUAUGUGGCAAUGAAGAAUUACCAAGCAAGGAAAUGCUAGAAUUGGCUGAAAAAAUUUAUGGGGAAAUGCUUGAUGGAGGGGUUGUACUGAAUAAAGUCAAUGUCAGCAAUUUUGUCCGUUGUCUUUGUGGGUUCCAAAAAUUUGAGGACGCUUUUCAUGUAAUUCAUGAAAUGAUGAAAAAGGGUUUUAUACCCGAUGUUAGCACAUACUCUAAAGUUAUAGGUUUCCUUUGUGAUGCCUCGAAAAUAGACAAGGCAUUCAUGCUGUUUCAAGAAAUGAAAAAGAAUGGACUUGUUCCUGAUGUUUAUACAUAUACAAUAUUAAUUGAUAGUUUCUGCAAAGCUGGCCUAAUUCAACAGGCUCGUAGCUGGUUUGAUGAGAUGAGAAGUGAGGGCUGUAUGCCCAAUGUAGUGACUUACACGGCUCUUUUACAUGCAUACCUCAAACAAAAGAAGAUUUCUGAAGCAAACCAGCUCUUUGAAUUAAUGUUGUCUGAAGGAUGUAUUCCUAAUGUUGUGACCUUUACUGCUUUGAUUGAUGGCUACUGCAAAGCAGGACAUGUAGAGAAGGCCUGCCAGAUCUAUGCAAAGAUGAAGGGAAGUGUUAACACUUCUGAAGUAGAUAUGUACUUCAAGACAGAUAUGGACGGUACUGAAAAGCCAAAUCUUGUUACAUAUGGUGCUUUAGUGGAUGGCCUGUGCAAAGCGCAUAAGGUAAAAGAUGCUCGUGACCUUUUGGAUGUGAUUUCAGCAGAAGGACAAGAACCAAAUAUUCAUAUUUAUGAUGCACUAAUUGAUGGGUUUUGCAAGGUAGGAAAGAUAGAUGAAGCACAGGAAGUAUUUUCCAGAAUGUUGGAUCGAGGAUAUGAUCCAAGUGUUUUUACAUACAGCUCUUUUCUUGAUAGGCUUUUUAAGGAUAAACACUUGGAUCUUGCUAUAAAAGUUUUGUCUAAAAUGCUUGAAAGUUCUUGCGCCCCAAAUGUUGUUAUCUACACAGAGAUGAUAGAUGGUCUAUGUAAAGUUGGAAAGACGGAUGAAGCUUACAAGCUUAUGUUGAUGAUGGAAGAGAAGGGUUGUCAGCCAAAUGUUGUGACAUAUACUGCCAUGAUAGAUGGCUUUGGUAAAGCUGGUAAAGUUGAAAAAUGCCUUGACCUCAUCCAACAAAUGAGUUGUAAGGGUUGUGCACCAAAUUACAUAACGUAUGUGGUCACAAUCAAGCACUGUUGUUCUGCUGGGCUUCUGGAUGAGGCUGUCCAACUACUGGAGGAGAUGAAACAAACAUAUUGGCCGAGACAUAUGGAAAGCUAUCAUAAGAUUGUUGAAGGCUUCAACCGAGAGUACUUAAUCAGUCUUGGCUUAUUGGAGGAAAUGAGCAAUAACAGUUCUAUUUCCAUUUUUCCAGUGUAUAGGAUUUUGAUUGAUAGCUUUCUCAAAGCUGGAAGGCUGGAAGUGGCUGCAGACCUACAUAAAGAAAUUUCAUCAUCUUCUUCAUUCUCAUAUCGUGACAAGAAUAUUUAUGCGUCUUUAAUUGAGAACCUUUGUCUAAAUCUAAAAGUUGAUAAAGCAUUUGAGGUAUAUGCGGACAUGAUAAAGAAAGGUGAAAUUCCAGAAAUGAGCAUCUUUGUUAACCUCAUCAAAGGGCUUAUAUUGGCAAAUCAAUGGGAGAACGCACUUGAACUCUCUAAGAGUCUGUGUGACAUGGAUAUUUGCUGGCUACCUGCUGACAAUAAAAUGGAUGGCAAGUAGUAUAAUAUGUGGCAUCAGUCAAACCCGUUUAAAUGGCCAUAACAUUCUGUCACAAAGUUUUGUAAAAGUUAUCCAGCAAUUGUAACGUGGGAACCUUCAACCCAAACACCAUUGCCUUGGAAUUUUUUUAAAGAAGAAUUCCUGUACUUAUUUUCAACUUAUAAACAUUAUGGUUCCUCCCAACUGUAUCCCAUGUUUUGAGAAGUGCUCUUAUCAGCUGGAGGCAUGGUGAGUGGUCAUGGGAUGUUGGAGGCAUGGUGAAUGGUCAUGAUCAUUCUUGUAUAUAAAAUAGAAAGCGGUGCAAAUAUUAAUGAUGCCAACGCCACAUAUCAUAUCAAGGUUAAGGUUUCUGGGAAUAACAGUAUCUAACAAGCUAGCGUAACUUCAUACAGUGCUAUGAACUUCAGAGUUGGAUCCACGGCCAAUGUUGGGAUAUAUUUAUGUGACGAA